ACAUCCACAAGCUCUCUAGACUGUGCUCUAGCUGGUAACAUCUACCUAGACUUCGGCCGCUUUCGUAAAGGUCUGUUUGCCUUGGAUCUACCGGCUAAUUUUCCACUAUUCGUGUGUCUUAGGUCCUGUAAGUUACUUUGACCUCAUUUGCGCUAAGUUUCGACGGUUAGUUUUCACGUUUUAAGAUGGAUAGCACUUGCGAGUAUUGCGAGAAGGGAAGAGCCACCGUCUACUGCCGCGCUGAUUCCGCUAGGCUCUGUCUCUCCUGCGAUCGAAUCGUGCACUCCGCUAACAAUCUAUCUCUGCGACAUCAGCGAACUCUACUAUGCGACGGCUGUAAUCUCCAACCGGCAGCGUUUCGCUGCGUCGACGAAAACCUCUCCCUCUGCAUCGCCUGCGACAGCGCCAUUCACGGCAAAUUAUCCUCCUCGCAGUUGCACAGACGACAUGCGUUCGAAAAUUUCACGGGCUGCCCGUCAGCCGCGGAUCUCGCUCAGCUCUGGGGCUGCGAGUUGGCGAAGCCACCCCCGCCGCUCCUUCAGGUUCAUCAGAAGCAUUCCCGCGCGGCCUGCUCCACGUCAACAGGCGCGACGACGUCGCUCAUCGCGUCGCACACGACCCGGCUAUCGCACGACGACGCGCUGCCGUCGCCAAACUCUGACCGCGAAACGAGGAUAAGCUCCCGGUCCGUGAAGAGCUCUCGUCCGUUGGUAACCCCAGCGGCGACCAUGAGUCUCACCAGCUCCGUCCAGCACCCGUCGCUCUCCAAGCCCGCUGCGCCUGAGCCCAGCACCGCUACAGUCUGCGCGUCGGUGCCACGGAAGCAGUGGGGGGCGGCGGGGCUAAGCGGAACGGCGGGCGCACGCGGAGCGGCAGGAGCCGGUGCAGCAGCAGGAGCAACGAGCGCUAUGGCGAGAGUGAUGCCGGCGAGACGAGCCAUAUCGAGCAGCACGUCGGUGGAAUUGCUCCCAGCGAGCACCGUUGUGACGUCGGCAGCGGUGACGACGGCGGGAGAUGCGGAGAUGAUCUAUGCGGUCACCCAGGGGAGCCUGUCGCACGGUUUGGCGGCGGCUGUCGGGCAGGUCGACGUGUCGCAAUCGGGGUUCCCCGAGUCUGCGAGGGCAGGGAGCGCAGUGGCCUUGGCGGAAAGCCCGAGACAAGUCAAGGCAUCCAUCGUGCACGAUCGUUCCGGCACCUGCGCAACCGGGAUGACUUCGCCUGCGCGCUCGUCCUUCUCCGCGCAACGAGGUUCCCCCUGUCCGCCUCCGCCGCGCAUGUCUCCUCCGGCCUAUUCCCCGAGAUCUCCCCCCAACAGCAGCACGGGCCGCGCCCUUCUUCAGCAGCAGCAGCAACAGCAGCAGCAGCAGCAGCAUCACCAAACCCAGAUGCUUCCUCCCCAUUUCCCGACGGGCUUCGGCUUUGCGGGGCAGCAAGGGAUGCAGCAAGGCGCGCAGCAAGGCAUGCAGCAAGGCGCGCAGCAAGGGAUGCAGCAAGGCGUGCAGCAAGGCGCGCAGCAGUUCGCAUCUGGAGCGCUUCAGAAGGCGGAGAUGGAGAGACAAGCUGAGCUGGCCCAAGCGAACCGCUUCUUCUUCCCGGGCGGCCAGGCGGCUGCUGCGCAUCCAAACCUGGGACUCCUCCAAUCAAUCCCCGGUGAUUUCUUGACCCGCCCGAACCUUGGCGAGAGCUUCGAUCCGAGCCUCGGGCAAGGGGAGAGGAUCUCGAGCCAGCGUGUGGGUGUGGAGAUGGGUGUGAUGUUCGGGGUUGAAGAGCAGCGGCAGCUGCAGCAGCGGCUGCAGCUGCAAGAGCAGCAGGCGAAGGAGAUGCAGGCGAAGGAGAUGCAGGCGCACGCUCAGGCGAUGAACGCCGCCGCACAGGCCGCGCAUGCUGCUCAGUUGUUCCAGCAUCAGCAGCAACAGCAGCAGCAGCAGCAGCAGCAGCAGCAGCAGCAGUGGCAGCUGCAGCAGCAGGAGGAGCAGCAAUGGCUGCAGCGACAACAGCAGCAGCAGCAGCAGCAGCCGCACUGGCAGCAGCAUCAGCAGCAGCAGCAAUCGCAGCAGCAGUGGCAGCAGCAGCAGUCGCAGCAGCAGCAGGAGUCGCAGCAGCAGCAGCAGCAGCAGCAAUGGCAGAUGCUACAGCAGCAACAGCAGUGGCUGCGGACUCAGGAAAAACAGCUGUCAGCUCUGGAGGCGUCUGAGGGGAAGUGGCUGCUAGCGGAGAGGGCGAUAGCGAAGCAGCAGGAGGAGCAGCAAGUGCUGCAGGAGGAGCAGCAGGUGGAGGAGCAGGAGCGGCUGGUGCUGCUGCAGGAGCAACAGCAGCAGAUGCUCACGCUGCGGCACAGGCAGCAGCAGCAGCUGCUGCUGUCGCAGCAGAAGGUGGAGCACGAGCGGCAGCGGACGCGGCAGCAGCAGGAGAUGGAGAUGGUGUGGCAGAAGCAGAUGCAUUUCGACCACAGCAACUCGGAGCACGGCCAGCAGGUGAGCCUGGAGCAGCAGCAGCAGCAGCAGCAGCAGCAGGUGGCGCAGGGAGCGUGCGGUUCAAGCCCUCUCCUCCCGCCUGUUCGUCUGAGCGCCAACGACACAAGGGGGCUCAAGAGCCCUAUGAUCGCUCCGGAAUCCGCUGCAGCUGCUGCAGCAGGCAGUGCGGGUGGUGCAGCCAGCCCUGUCGCAGCAGGGAUUCCCAACUCUGCGCCGGCUGCUCUUGCCACUGCGUCGUCCGCCUUCCUCACGUCGCCCCGCCUCGCUCGGAAACGCUCACUGAGCAACGCCUCCAAUGCCUCGCCUCUCGUGUCCCCGCGACACAAGCUCACACGCACGGCCCCCUGGCCUCUGCCUCUGCCUGAGUCCGCACAGGCACCGCCUGUCGGGAUUGCAGAGGAGGAGCAGGGAGGCGAGAGGGCGAGGAGGGAGUCGUGGUCGCCAGUGGUGAUGAGGGAUCUGGGGACGGAGCGGGGGGAGGAAGGGGACGGCACGGACGUGCACAGCCCCACUGGAAGGCAUUUGCCCAAGGAGGGAACGCUGCAGUUUCAGAAGCCAGUGCACCAGCAGCAGCGGAAGCAGCAGCAGCAGCAGUUGCCGAGUUGGGCUGUGGAGGAUGGUAAGAAGCUUGGGAGGAGGGUCGAGGACAAGGGCGGAGGUGACGGGGGCACAGGCGGUGGUUGUGGCAAGCGAGUCGCUGCUGCUGCGAAGCAAAGUAGCACUUUCGCCUCCCCAGCCCUCGGCCAGAGCAGCGUGACUGUGGAGGGAGUGACUGUAGAACGCGUCGCGGAAUUCCCAUCGCCUCCCACACCAAGCACCACACAGAUGAAGCAUCCACAGCCACUCACCCCCCCUCCCGCCUCCACCACCCCCUUCCCCCCCUUCUCAGGCCCACCCCCCGCCCUUCCCGUAGCUCCCCUGCACGCCCCUUCCUCUCGCCCGCCUGCCAGUCCCAGCCUCUUCCUGCCCAUCCCCCCUCCCGGUAGCCCCUUCUCCCCUGCUAUGGCCGCCAUUGCUGCUACUCUAAGGGCUCGUGCGCCUGCUCUUGCUUGUGCUGCCCCUGCAACCGCCGCACCCCCGCCUGCUCCCCUUGUUGGUUCUGACACCACUGCGCCGCCUUCCAGCCUGGGUCAGUGUCCUUCUGUGUCCCAUAGAAUGCUCGUCGUUGCCUCUUCUGCUGGUGCGGCGGGUGCUGGUGGCGGAGUGGUUGAAGAGCGAAGCACAGUGCGUGGAAAGGUAGCAGGGACCGGGCAAGUCGAACGCAAGGUGGUGGCGGGGGGGGAUUCAGCGCACCCUGCCGCUGCUGUGGCUGCUGUUGCUGGUGGUUCUGGCAGUGCUGGGUUCUGCUCUGCUGCUGUGUGCCCUGCUGACUGUGCGUGCCCUUCAGGCUCCAAUUUUGCUGACGAUAAAACCCUAGACAGGAAAGCAGAGAAGAAGCUUCUCGUUUCACGGAUAGGUGACGCCAUUUUUGCUGAGGCUGAGAAGAACCUGGAGCGGGGGAUGGGGGCGGAGGAGGAUGGGGAGGAGGGAGGGGAGGAGGAAGGGAGGGUGGGGGGCGUGGGCAUGGAUAUUGGGCUGGGAAUGAUGGGCAUGGGUAUGGACAUGGGUAUGGGCAUGGAGAUGGGUAUGGGUAUGUCGAUGUCGUCAUGUGAGGACAUCUUUUCCUUUGAGGAGAACAACAGUGGGUUUGGGGGCGGAAUGGAAAGAGACGAUGAAGUGGCGGAGGAUGCUGAGCCAAGGGGGCAGGAGACACAGGUCGAGGAGCAGGAGGAGGAGGAGAAGGAGGCGGAGGCGGAAGAGGAGGAGCAGGGGGGGGUACAGGGGGGAAAGGCACAGGUGGAAAAUGGGGCUGGGGAAGCUGCUGGUGCCAGUGCUGGUGACCUCAUAGCCAUGGCCGCUGCUGGCAGUGCGGUUCAGCCCAUGGGCGGCACUCCACCAGCCGGCACGCUCAUUCCCCCUCUGGACCAGGAUGCAGCAGUCUGGCUGGCCGCCCGCCCGGGCUCCGCCAUGGCCGGCAUGAACCGUCUGCUAGCGAGGGUGCUGGGAGAGACGAGCGGCAGCGCAGCAGGCAUGGUUGCUGGCUCAGAGGCGCCCAACGCUUGUGCACCGUGGAAGAAUGGAGUGGCGUGGCCGAACAUCGCAAUCCGAACCUUGUCCACAGCUUCGGCGUCCAGCUCCUUGGCAGGUGCGGUGGGAGGUUUGGCCGGGCCUUCAGGGGAGGCUGGGCAGGACGAGAGGGAGCUGGCUCUGUUUCAGGCGCUGGAGGGGCAGAUGAUGAUUGAUGGGAAGAGCAGCAGCAGAGGAGUUGUGACCCCAGACACAGGCAGAGGAGGAAGUGAGGGUGAUGCCAUGGCCAUGACAGGCCUAGCGGGUUCAGCGAUCGCCGCAGCCGCUGCGGCGGCUGCUGCUGCCGCCGCUGCUGCUGCUUCUGCUGCCCUAAACCCCGCUGCUGUGGAGGUCAAAGCAGAAGUGCCAGAUUUUGUCCAAGCGUCCGCUGCCACUGAAGGAACCGGCCCUGCCGGUGCGGCUGUGCUGUUUGGUGGCGGUGCGAUCCACCCCGGCACCCCAAUGAGCAUGGCCAGCGCACUGAAUGCACUCACAGCCAACACAGUCACCGGAGUCAACGCUCUCAGCGGACUCAGCUCAGUCAGCGGGGUCAACUCGGUCAACGGGUUCCUCGCCGACCCGUGGCUGUGCCGGGCGCGGAGCAUGCAGGGGGCAGGCGGGGGGGUGAUGGGGGGACCUAUGACCGGGGGGACUGUGCUGUCGACCAUGGUGGCGGUGUCGGCUGCUGCUGCGAGGGACGAGGCGGUGAUGCGCUACAUGGAGAAGAAGAAGCACCGCACGUUUGCGAAGAAGAUACGUUACGAGUCCCGCAAGACAAGGGCGGAUGGGAGGCAGCGGGUGAAAGGCAGGUUUGUCAAGACUCCUGAAGAUGCCGAAGCAACAUGUACGUGAACAUGUAUGUGAAGACUUUUACCUGAAGAUGCAAAAGUGAAACGUGAAUGCAAACUCGUGGCUUGUUGUGUGUGGUUUUUUAGGGCAUUCCCUUUGACCCACCUAGCUAAUUUUUUGAACGGCAUCUACUAUAUGGCUGGCUAGUAGCUGGAAAUAUUUAUGUUUAGUGUAUUGGUAAUUUGAGUAUUUG